AUGAAACUCUUUCGCGGAUUCAAAACAUCAUAUGAUGAAAUUCAGAAAUUGAAAGACAAUAUUGGUUGUUUGAUAUCAGCAAACGGAUUUUUAUCAUGUACUAAAAACAAGGCCAUAGCAGAAAUAUUUGCUGGAAGUAAUGGUUGUAAUGUUGGAAGUGAGGAUAAUCAAUCUGUCGUACUUGAAAUCGAAACUGACAUAAACAUACAAUCGUUUGUUAUGGCAGAUAUUGCGAAUUUCAGCCAAUUUCCAGAAGAAGAGGAAAUUUUAGCUGAUUUAGGUGCAGUAUUUCAGAUUGAUAGUGUCAGCCAUGAUGAUGUUGCUAAACAUUGGAACAUUAAAGUAAGAGCAUCGGAUAAAGGAGCGGAAAUUACCAAAGAAUAUAUUGAAUUUAACAGGAAAACAAUGGACAAAUCAGAUGUUGUUAUUAUGUUUGGAGAUCUGUUAAACGAUAUGCGUGAUUAUACCAAAUCGCAAAAAUACUUUGAAAAUUUGCUCAAAACUGGGUCAGAUGAUAGUUUAAAGUUAGCUGAUAUUUAUCAUGGAAUAGGUCGUGCACAACGAACGACUAAUGAAUCUCAACUGGCAAUACAUCAUUUGACACUUGCGUAUAAUAUGUACCUAAAUUUAACACCACCGAAUGCUAUAAGUGCAGCAAAGGCAUUAACCUCAGUUGGUCGCGUUUACUUUGAUAUGGCUCAGUGUGAUCCCGCUAUUGAAUACCUCACAAAUGCCCUUAACAUAUUCGAAAAACAUAUGAUAGUUGAUCAUAUAGCUGCUGCAGAUAGCCUUCAUGUGUUAGGUAAUGUGUACUUCAUAACAGAUGAGCUUGACAAAGCUCUGGAAUGUUUUGAAACAGCUUUAAAAAUAAGCGAAAAGAUUCUUCCAUCUGAUCAUUCAGAUACGGCAGGCAUUCUAAAUGGUAAAGCCAUCGUUUACUAUCGAAAAGGAGAGUAUGAACGUUCAAUGGAAUAUCAAAGAAAAUCUCUAGAUAUACAUGAAAGAAUUUUGCCAGCUGAUCACCUGUUGAUUGCAAAUGACUUGAAUAAUUUAGCAAAACUAUAUUAUAAGAAAGGUGAACAUGACAGCUCGCUCGAAUAUAACAACAAGAGUCUGAAGAUUAGAGAGAAAAUUUCGGGAAGGGACCAUCGAUACAUUGCAAGAAGCCUUAACCAUAUUGGUAAAAAUUAUUAUAGAUUACAUGAAUACGAUCGUGCAGUCAAUUAUUAUGAAAGAGCUUUAAAAAUGUUGCAAAGUAUUUUACCACCUGAUCAUAUAGACAUUGCGUAUACAUUGAAGAAUUUUGGUGAAAUAUUUCUGAAAAAGUUCGAUUAUAUUCAAGCUUUAGAAUAUUUUGAAAAGGCGUAUGACAUAUAUAAACAAACAUUUAAAAAAGAUCAUCGUGAUAUAGCUAAAUGUCUAAAUUUUAUUGGUAAAGUACACUUUAAAAAGGAUGAAUACGAUCGGGCGUUUGAAUGUUACACAACAGCCUUCCAAAUAUGGAAAAAUACAUCAGGGAUCAGUCAUCAUGAUACAACGGGGUCAUUAAAGAACCUUGGUAGAUAUUAUUUUAAAAAAAGAAAUUAUGCCAAAGCUUUGGAAUAUUUUCAAGAGGUUUUAGAAAUUUCUGAAAAAACAUUUUCGUUGAACCAUCAAGCUGUUGUAAAAAUUCGUAAUGACAUUAAUAUUACAAAACACUGUAUUGAAAUUUCUAACCAAGGACAAGUCAUUUCUUAA